AUGGCCGAUCUUGAACAGCGAAUGGAUAUCGCUGCUAAAAGUCUUGAUAAUCUCACCUCUUGUUUUGCUGAUAACAAAGAGAAGGAGAAAGACUUAGCUGCUGCUGUCCAUACAACACCAGCUGAUGCUGAUGCUCAAGUUGAAAGAGCUGAAGCAAAUGAAGCUGAUGCCAUCACUUUCCAUGAAGUUGAAGUUGUUGCUGAAGAUGAGGAAAUUGAUGAUGCUGUCAGAGCUGAUGCUCAAGACGAAGACCUUCCUAUCACCUCUGCAGUUGAUGUUGGCGAUAAAGAAGGUGAAGAUGAAGACGAUGAUGAUGACGAUGAAGCUGAUGAUCCUCUUUCCUUUCCUGAUGCUAAAAAAGAUCUUGGUGAUGAUGAUGAUGAUGACAACGACUUCACUAUUCAAUACCACACCAAACCAGCUACUGCUCUAAAAGGCGUCUCUUUUAGGGAAUCUUCAUCCCAGGGGGAGAAGGAGAAAGAAAAAGAGAAGGAGACAUCUCUAAAGAACCAAAACACCUCCUCCAAAGACAAAGGUGUUGCUGAAAAAGGAAACCUGAAAGUUCUCUUCAAUCCUAUCAAUCCGUAA